GCCGGCCCGCGGGUGGAGCGGGGACGCCCUCCCGGCCUCUCCGCGGCGACCAAGGACGAGCGGGCAGGGUGAACGACCGGGAUGGCGCGCCCGCGGCCCCGCGAAUACAAAGCGGGAGACCUGGUCUUCGCCAAGAUGAAGGGCUACCCGCACUGGCCCGCCCGGAUUGAUGAACUCCCAGAGGGAGCUGUGAAGCCUCCAGCAAACAAGUAUCCUAUCUUCUUUUUUGGUACCCAUGAAACUGCAUUUCUAGGUCCUAAAGACCUUUUCCCAUAUAAGGAAUACAAAGACAAGUUUGGAAAGUCAAACAAACGGAAAGGAUUUAAUGAAGGAUUAUGGGAAAUUGAAAAUAAUCCAGGAGUGAAAUUUACUGGGUACCAGACAAUUCAGCAACAGAGCUCUUCAGAAACUGAGGGAGAAGGUGGAAACACUGCAGAUGCAAGCAGUGAGGAAGAAGGUGAUAGAGUAGAAGAUGGAAAAGGCAAAAGAAAGAAUGAAAAAGGAGGCUCAAAACGGAAAAAGUCCUAUACUUCAAAGAAGUCUUCUAAACAGUCCCGGAAAUCUCCAGGAGACGAAGAUGAUAAAGACUGCAAAGAAGAGGAAAACAAAAGCAGCUCUGAGGGCGGAGAUGCCGGCAAUGACACCAGAAACACGACUUCAGACUUGCAGAAAGCUGGUGAAGGGACCUAACUACCAUAAUGAAUGCUGCAUAUUGAGAGAAACCACAAGAAGGUUAAAUGUUUGAUUGUCUGAUUCUUGGGUUUGAUAUGAACCAACACAGUCUUUGUCGUCAUUGACAGAGCCCCAGU